UUUUAUACCGAGAAGUUAGGCAUAUCAACCAAUUCAGAGUUGGGCUCUGACUGACCUCCCAGGUCCCUGCCAAGGCCUGGCUGGGUGCUCGGGGCUGCUGCAGAGAGAACUUUCUGCCCAGCUUUGGCGGGCAUAUCUCUGAGAGCCUGUGGUGUGUCACUGGACAGCCUGGGGACAGGCAGCCGGCGUGGCAGCAGUGUCCACGUGGAGAAAUUGCUGUGCGUGCCUGGGAGGGAGGUCCCGGACUGCGUGUGGGACCGGGGGACUUGCACGGUGGGCCGUCCAGCGGGGACUGCGCAGAAGGGGCAAGAGCAGUCUCUUUUGCCCAGGCUCUUUGCCACUACCUGCAGGGUCGGGGCUGGGGUCAGGCUGGAGCUGCGUGCUCCCAACUUCGGGCGCGUAAGGACCAUCCUCCGUGUUUCCUGCCUGAGCGCCAGGCCUGGAACCUGCAUGGCCAGCGUAUGGUGGACCUCCAGGGAGCACUCCGGGCCCAGUCUGGAUGUAGAGCUAGGAGGACGAGAUGGUGGGGUGCUCCCUCUAAACCUAGGGUAUCCCGUGGCCACAGUGUUUCCGGGACUGCCUUCCUGGGGGAGGGGUGAUGGGGUGGAAGGAGGGGAGGAUGGAGUAGAAAGACCGAGGCAGGGGCCUUGCACCUGGGUAGAGGGGGGUCUAAGUGUCCUCAGCUCCUAGCACUCACUUCAGUGAAUGUGGAUUGGGAUCAGGGACAUUUUGAAAAACUCUGUUCUCUUCAAUUUUCCUGCCUCCUCUGGAGAGUUGGUCUAACUUCAUCUUUCCUCCUGCUCUUGAGAUGGAGCCCGAUGGUGUCGCUCAAGGUGGCACGCAUCUCCAGAGCCCCCUUACCUGGUGAAUACUCAAGAGGGGCCAGGAGGAGCCAACCCCAUGCACGUAGCCAGUCUGGCCUCGGAGGCAGAGAGCAAAAGCCUUGGGCUUCGGGACAGACGUUGGGUGGUGUGGACUGUGGGAGGGGCUCUUGGGCCUCUGGGUUUCUGAUCCCACUUUCAUUUCUCAGGGUGACGCUCCCCAGGCCCCCUGCCCCCCACCCCGGCAUCAUGCAUCGGACCACACGGAUCAAAAUCACAGAGCUGAACCCUCACCUCAUGUGUGCCCUCUGCGGGGGGUACUUCAUCGACGCCACCACCAUCGUGGAGUGCUUGCAUUCCUUCUGCAAAACCUGCAUCGUGCGCUACCUGGAGACCAACAAGUACUGCCCCAUGUGCGAUGUGCAGGUCCACAAAACCAGGCCGCUGCUGAGCAUCAGAUCGGACAAAACCCUGCAAGACAUCGUCUAUAAACUGGUCCCUGGGCUUUUUAAAGAUGAGAUGAAACGACGGCGGGAUUUCUAUGCAGCGUACCCCCUGACCGAAGUCCCCAACGGCUCCAACGAGGACCGCGGCGAGGUCCUGGAGCAGGAGAAGGGAGCUCUGAGCGACAACGAGAUUGUCAGCCUCUCCAUCGAGUUCUAUGAAGGUGUCAGGGACCGGGAGGAAAAGAAAGGUCCUCUGGAGAAUGGGGAUGGGGACAAGGAGAAGCAGACAGGGGUGCGGUUCCUGCAAUGCCCAGCAGCCAUGACCGUCAUGCAUCUCGCCAAGUUUCUUCGCAACAAGAUGGAUGUGCCCAGCAAAUACAAGGUGGAGGUUCUAUACGAGGACGAGCCACUGAAGGAGUACUACACUCUCAUGGAUAUAGCCUACAUCUAUCCCUGGCGGCGGAAUGGCCCUCUCCCCCUCAAGUAUCGGGUCCAGCCGGCCUGCAAGCGGCUCACCUUGCCCACGGCACCCACCCCCUCGGAGGGCACCAACACCAGCGGGGCAUCUGAGUACACCAUCUUCCACCAGCAGGGGGCGCAAGAUGACUGUCAACGGAGCUCCUGUGCCCCCCUUAACUUGAGGAAAGGGACCCUCUCCCUCCUUUUCCAGCCAUGCCUCUCCACCCCUCCACUUUUUCUGGGCCCCUUUUCCACCUCUUCUACUUGCCCCAGCUCCUCCCGCCUUAGGGGUGGGGGGCGGGUUUUAUAAAUAAAUCUAUAUAUAUAUGUACAUAGGAAAAACCAAAUAUACAUACUUAUUUUCUAUGGACCAACCAGAUUAAUUUAAAUGCCACAGGAAACAAACUUUAUGUGUGUGUGUAUGUGUGGGGGGGUGGAGUGUUCAGUUUUAGGGGGUCUUGUGUAAUUUGCCCUGCUCUUAUUUUGGGGGCGUCUGGCGGUGGACUCGAAGGGCCACUUGAGGCUCAGUAAAGCUCUACUCCAUCAUCCUGUUUCCCAAGGCAGAUGGGGUGUUGGGGGAGCCCCACCAGCCCCCAAAGCUUUAGGCACAACUCCAGCCGGCUGUGAACGGGGUCUACCCUCUCUCUUUCCCCAUUUUGGCUGCUGUCCGGCCCCACCAGCACCGCCCCCCCCCCAUUGUUGAAUGUCCAGAGACUUGCUAAGACAGUGCCUUUUACAAAUGCAGUCUAUCCCCUGGUUCUGAAGAGUGAGUGGGUUGUGAAGAUGGCAUCUCCCUUACCUCCUCCUCUUGCAGUGGAAACUUUGUGCAAAGAAUAGAUAGUUCUGCCAUUUUCUUUUUUUCCCUGUGUGUGUGGCCUUUGCAUCAUUAUCUUGUGGAAGAGAAGAUUCGGGCCACGGGAGGCCUCAGCCUCAGCCCUUGAAAUUCCACCGUGGCUUUAGCAAUGUGAACUGCUUCACCCCGUUCUGCCCCUGCCCCCCACCCCACCCCGAAACUCUGACUAGCAAGGCUGGGAGGAAAGUCCCAUCUGGGGGCCUGGAGUGCCGUGGAGAGGCGGAGUGGGGCUAACCUCAGACAAGCACAGACCCCAGAUUGUGCCAAAGGCCAGCAGCCCUCCAGUCCCCUCCCCACCCCCCGGCUGAGGCAGAGUCAAGAAAGAGCGACAGAGGCAUCUAAAAGCACAAGAAGACAGAAGCCUGUAGGCUCUGACCUCUGCUCCGUCCCGCAAGGGCAGUGGACUGCCCCCUGAAGGGCAGACCCCACCAGAUUCCUGCCCACCUAUUUCCCCUCCAGUGUACAUAGAUCAGAUCGGGGAGGAGGUGAGGAGGCUAGACUCCCUUGCAACCUAGGUGUUUGGGGUUGGGAGCCCCCCCCCCCCCCCCAUCAGGUUUGUCUGUGUUUGCACCUUGUCCUGUGUCUGAGGUGCUGUGACUGUACCCUCCUGCCCUGGGACAUUUGUAUCUCCUGGCUUUGUAAUAAAUGCUGCAUACUCUCUGGACCUGUAGUUCUUUGGG